GCCGCGGGUCGCGGCGAUCUUCUCAGUUUCGUUUGGACCGCAGCGCAGCCACCAUGUCCCUGGCGGCUUCGGCGGGCAGGGGCCCGGGGGCCGUGUGGUCCCCAACGCACGUGCAGGUGACGGUGCUCCAGGCUCGGGGCCUGCGGGCCAAGGGCCCCGGGGGCACGAGCGACGCGUACGCAGUGAUCCAGGUGGGCAAGGAGAAGUACGCCACCUCCGUGUCGGAGCGCAGCCUGGGCGCGCCCGUGUGGCGGGAGGAGGCCACCUUUGAGCUACCGCCGCUGCUGUCGGCUGAGGCAGCGCCCGCCGCCGCCGCCGCCACCCUGCAGCUCACCGUGCUGCACCGCGCGCUGCUCGGCCUCGACAAGUUCCUGGGCCGCGCCGAGGUGGACCUGCGGGAGCUGCACCGGGACCACGGCCACAGGAAGACCCAGUGGUGUACCUUGAAAUCCAAACCGGGGAAGAAGAAUAAAGAACGAGGAGAAAUUGAGGUUGACAUCCAGUUUAUGAGAAGCAACAUGACCGCUAGCAUGUUUGACCUUUCCAUGAAAGACAAGUCUCGGAAUCCCUUCGGGAAACUGAAGGACAAGAUCAAGGGGAAGAAUAAGGACAGCGCGUCAGAUACUGUGUCAGCCAUCAUCCCCAGCGUGACGCCCUCGGCUGACAGCGAUGACGAGUCUCCUUCGAAAGACAAGAAGAAGAAGUCAAAGCUCAAGACCUUGUUUUCCAGGUCCAACCUGCAGAGAGCACCACUUUCCCAGUCCAUGUCUGUCCUGCCGACUGCAAAGUCAGACAAAGUGCUGCUUCGUCCUGGAGACUUUCAGUCCCAGUGGGAGGAUGAGGACAAUGGCGAGGACAAGUCCUCCUCUGCCUCGGACGUCUCGUCUCACAAGGGAACGGCAAGCGUGGAUCCUAAGCAGCUGAACCAGAUCCACUUCAACCCCCCCAAGAAGGAAGGACUCUCCUUCCUGGGAGGCCUUCGGUCUAAGAAUGACACCCUUUCCCGCUCGAAUGUUUGUAUCAACGGGAACCACGUCUAUGUGGAGCAGCCUGAAGCCAAGAGCGAGACCAAGGGCAGCUCCCCAGCCUCCUCGCCAUCCCCCCAGGGCCUCAGGAAGAAGCAUUUGUUCUCAUCUACAGAAAACCUGGCCUCUCGACCUUUGAAGGAGCCUGGGGAAGGAGGUGCGGUGCCUUCCGAGUCUUCCACAAAGGACUCUCUCAAGUCCAUGUCCCUGCCAUCCUACCAGCAGCUGGUCAGCGGGGACCUUCGGGAGAACGCGGCUCUGGCGACCUUGGAGGCUGCAAAGGAAACCAAAGAGAGCAAGAAACAGGAGAACAAGAAGUCCUCUCUGCUCUCCCUGGUGACCGGGAAGAAGGACACAGCCAAGGGCAGUGAAGGCGAAAACCCGCUGGCCGCCCCCGGGAAGGAGAGGGAAGGCACGCCCGUGGCGGUCAGAGCCAGUGAGGACCAGCCGGGGCCUGUCGACGACCCUGUGAAGAGAUCGGACGAGGAGACUGCGGCCAUUGUCUCCGGACGGGGCAGAGCCCCGAACCCCUUUGAAGACGUGCAGAUCCCAGAACCAGAAGCUGACCCAGAGCCCAAGGCUGCACCAGCGCCACCUGUUCCCUCACCCAGGGCUCCCCAGACCAGAGCCGUGAAACCCCGACUGGAAGUGUCUCCAGAGGCUCAGCCCGCACCCAGGCUCCCUCCUUCCGCUCGCUCUCCUCUCGUGUUCUCUGCUGUCCCUUCCAGUUCUGGUCAGACACCCAUCCCUUCUAAACCGGGGCAUGAUUCAGAGCCACAGCCCUUGGAAUCUCCUCCUGGCUCCUCUUUCUCCUCUCCUGUAGCGGCCCCCAUUUCCACAUCCACUCCCAUUGAACACUGGCCUCCCACAGAUGUGGGUGAGGCCAGUCCUGAAGAACCGCCUUCGCUCCUUGAACCAGAGCUAGAAAAGGAGAGUUUGACACAAGUUCCAAGAACUGUUCCUUGUGCUGUGGGCUCGCUUUCCAAACAGACACCCAUUCCAGUGGGGAAAGGGAUGGAAGACUCUCCAGUGGGGAAGACCAGCGCUGAUGACCCAGGACAGUCUCUCCGGACGCAGCCGGAAGUGGGGCGAGAAGAAGAGCUUCUGGGGUCUCCCCCCAGGAAACAACGAGGCACCAUCCCUUCAUCUGUCGAGGCCCGAGAAGUAACACCCGCCGCUGCGCUCAGAGGAGGCGGGACGGGCAGCCCUGCUGGGAAGCCCCCGAGGCGGGGAGCCUCAGGCUCUGCGGGUCAAUCUAGGUCUCCCGUGGGGGACGCAGACGGGGGUGGCGGGAUGAGUCCUGCAGUUAAGGAAGCGGGGCCCCCCAUUCCCGUGGGCGAGUCGGUGCCUCCACUUGACGCUGCGAUGCAGAGACACGAAGAGACGGGUCCGGAUGCCUGUGAGGGCAGAAAGGGAAUCGAGGGGCAGGUGGUGUUUUCCGAGCAGCUCUCUAGGGAAGAGGCGGGGAAGGAGGCCCCUGUGCUGGUCCGCGGGGACAGAGGUGACCCCCAGGCGGUGACGCCACAAGGGGCCGCCCCUGGAAAUGCGUGGGACACGGGACGCUCCCAGGAGGGCGCGGCUGUGGCUGGACCCUGGCCCGCUGCCCUGGCAGCUCGCCCUCCCUGCCCGUCCUCCAAGGGGAGCUUCUUGGGGGGCCCCGCGCAUGCCGCCAGCUCGGGGAGAGAUGGUCCCCGUCUCAGGAGUCAGGGAGACGACACCCGGAUGGCGCAGAACCAGAGCAAAGCCAGUGACCACGAGGGUCUGCUGUCUGACCCCCCGCACGGCCUUCAGUCCUCCUGCGAGGCAGAGCCCCCAGCCCUGGCCCAUCUGGACUUGACCCUGCCUUCCAUCCCCGAAGUCGCUUCGGAAGAUGAGAGAGGAGAUCAGCUUGAAGAUGACAGAGGGGUGGCCCCGAUGGCAGCUCUGGGAGGAGGGGCUUCUUCCCCAAGCACGUGGCCCGCCCAUGCUGAGCGGGAGAGGGCGCCUAGCAGGGAGGCCGGCGGGUCAGCAGCGGGCCUGCGCGAGCCCAGGCCGGGAGCGCCCAGAGCACCUGCCCCCGCUUCUGCAGAGCAGACCACAGCCUUGGAGGUUGAGGAACCACAGUCGCCGGGCCCCGGUGACAGCGGGGAGGCAAAACCAGUGGGAGAUGGGAGGCCGGGUCAGCCUCCAGCCUCAGCCCUGGAUUCCCUUGUGUCCGGCCCCCCCUUUUCUGAGCCCUUUCCUGCCACACGCUCUUUUCCCACCUGUGCACACUCUGACACCCACCACACCAGUACAGCAGAAUCUCAAAAAAAAGCAGCAGUCCAGGGCUCCGCGGGUAAAGUGGAAAAUUCUGGCAAGAGGAAGCCGCUUCUUCAGGCCUGGGUCUCACCCUCAGACACACAGCCCGUCUCGGCUCGACCAAGCGCUGGAAGCGGGUCGGCCAAGCACAGACUUCAUCCCGUGAAGCCGAUGAACACGGCAGCCACCAAGGUCGCUCUCUCCAGCUCGGGAACUGCCACCAUCAUCAGUGAGAACUUGGUCAACGAAGCCAUGAUGAAGAAAUACAAGCCCUCGGAACCCGCGUUUGCUUAUGCACAGCUGACCCACGACGAGCUGAUCCAGCUUGUCCUCAAACAGAAGGAAACGAUAAGCAAGAAGGAGUGUCAGGUGCGCCAGCUGGAAGACUACAUCGACAACCUGCUGGUCAGGGUCAUGGAAGAGACCCCCAGCAUCCUCCGGGUUCCCUCUCAGGGUCCCUGCUGGCUGGAGUGACCGAGUCAGUGCCUUGAUUAGGGAUCGAGUGAGCCAAGCAUUUGCUAAAACAGUCCCACCAGGUACGGAACAACUGCAGCGGCAUCCACUGGCCCUCUCCCACGUGCCGUCGCUUGGCUCCCUGGUUCCCUUAGCAGCUCUUCUUGGCAUUUCCCUCCCCCACCCCUUGUUAUAAAAUUGUGAAGAGCAAGAUGAUACCUAUUUUUAGAUGGCUGUAUUUUUAAAACUAGAUUAACAUACUUUUUUUUUUUUUUAAACUAGGACACUUGCCCCCUUCUCAACUAAUAGCACCAGUUCAGAGUCUUCAGGUAAUUUCGUUGUUAGUAACCUGAUAUUGGAAUUGGAAUGUUUUCUGUAUUACUCAUUUUUUUCUCCCAGUUGUGACAGAAUCUCUUCAAAUCCCAACAUCUCUCCUGGGAGGAGAAUGUCACAGGCCAAGUGGGUGGGCAGGGGUUGAGAUGAGAGCGGUUAUUAAAUGGAACGCUCUUCUAUGUUCAUUCUUGUUAUAUUGAAGUUAAGAGGCAAGGUGAUUGGCAGCGGAAUCCCUUUUCAGGAUCACGUUUGCUGCCACGUUAGUUAAUAUCAGAGCACUUUAAUCUGAAGGAUGAUACUGUAACUUGAUUUAGCUAAUUUGUUUUGAAUUAUCGAUAGCUCUUUUAUUUAAUACCCUCCUACAGUACUGGGGACCACUGUAAACUUCUCAGAUGACUUGUAUUUUUGUAGCGCUAUGAGAUUUCCGUGCACCCCUGUAAAGAGAACUGGAUAUUCCCUGGAACUCUGCAAAUGCACGUGUAUAUAUUUGUUCUGCAAUGUUUUUUACUUGAUGUCAGUGUACUUUGACGGUGAUGCCCACGUGCACUGGGUGGCGGGAGCGCUGAGUGGUUUCUCCUCGGAAGAGCCGCUACGGAGACCUGCAUGCUCCCAAGAGCUGGUUGUUGUGGAAAGAUCUGCUGCUAGGACCUCGGGGAUGGGAGCCGGUCUCUGUUUGAGAGGAACGGUCUCUGUUUGAGAGGAACGUCUGGGUGGAGGAGCAAAUUCCUCUGCUCUGUAUGCCACUCGAGAACUCUGGAGAAUGAAGGACAAUCUACUUCAAGGGUGUCUGGUUUCUACCACUGCUGGGAAAAAAAUUCCAAUGCAGGUAGCAUUCCUGCACCUCUCAAGGUCACCGGUUAACGCCUGUCCUUGAGGACUCUGCUGUGAGGGAGAACUCAGCUAGGAAAGCUGGAGCCUGCUCUGAGCUGUUGGCAGGGGCAGGUGGACUGGAGGGCUGGAGCUCCUGCAGCCGGCGUGGGUCUGAGGGCUUACACCCAGCUGUCUAUACCAGGAGAGCCUGAAUUAGCCUCUAGCUGCUGAAAGUGCUCACCAAACUGACGGGCCCUAGGAGGAGGCCGUGCUCUGCAGAAGCAGGAGCAGCUCUUUCUUGGCCUUGCCUAGCUGACCCCCUGGGAGACCAGUCAGUACUUCAGAGAAGCAUCUGAUGAAAUACCAAACACCUUGCGAUGAACUUCAGUGGGAGGUCAGCGUCCGGAAAAAAAUGUCAACCCUUUGCCCGGGUGUUUCAUAUCAUCUCAGUCCUUGGACUUUGACAGAUGUCCUGCCCACCCCUUUUAUUUCCUGUGUGUCGGCCUCUCCGGGUAACAGAAUGGAGGGGCAGGAAGGUCUGUCCUUUGCCACACGAACAGCGUUGACCCUGAGUGGAGGGUGCGUGCGUGGUGAGUGGGAUACGUGUGUGGUUUCCAGCUUUGCUAACAGUGGGGGCUCGGAAGGGCAAAGAGGGAGGAGGGUCCACGACACUCAGCCACCUGCCGGACUGAAGGCCAGAGGCAACCUGAUGUUAAAUUAGGCACGAUCUUCCCUCCCUGUGCCCCUUCUUUUUUAGAACUGCUAACUAAUGGUCCCUCAAGGCUGAAGGAUCUGUUGCCUUAGGUGAGUGGAGAGCUUAACCUCCAGUUAAGCUUAACCUCCACACCAGCCUCAACCCUGUGGUUUCUCAGUAUCUAUCAUGUGAGCUGCUAACUUGACCUCUUCCUCCCUCUGACUUGAAAGUUCACCCAGCAUCUCUGGAUUACAGAAUUCUUAUUUCCUGCUUUGUUACUUCGGGAAUUUUGAACUUCUUUGCUUUUAUUUUUAAGAAGUAACCUCAAAUUUCCUACAACACUAAAUAA